AUGGACGACUCAUUCGAUAAAAUGUUCAAGAAUGAUGAAGAAGAUAUUGGAUACUAUCAAGAUGCAGCUAUGCAAUAUUUACAUGAGAUUGAAGAACUUAAAGAAAAACUUCACGAUUGUUUCGAUAGAAUCAAGACCAACAGACAAAUGAUGAGUGCUCAGCAGGAACGAGAAGAAUUUUACGAGCAAAAAAUUGAAUCUUUAACUGCUGAACUUGCGAGAAUGGGUAGAAAUCAACCGUCGCAAAGUUUUAAUCCUGCUCAAAUGGAACAGCGAGUGAGAAAUUUUACGGAAUCGAUUAAAAUUGAGAUUGAAACUUUUCAAAGGACUGGACAGUUUGCAGACAUUGACAAUUCAAUUAAUGAAAUUCGAGAAUUAUUUAACAUCUUCUUGGCUGAAUUGAACAAUCUUAAUGCACAAAAUCGUGAUGUAAUCGGAACUCUUGAAACACUCGUGCUGCUUGAUGUAAGAAACUUUGUGUCAGAUUAG